GGCGGAGCGGAGGGGGCGGCGCCUGGUUCGGGAACAGCCGCGUGCGGGGGGGGGCAGGAGCCGCCGCGAUCUGCUCUUGGAACAGGAUCCACAUGGGCGAGUGUCUGUGUCCGUGCAAGGCGCCCUUGAGCAGCUUUUGGCACAUCCUUGCUCCCAUGUGUGAAGAUGUCCUUAGUGGACCUGGGGAAGAGGUUGCUAGAAGCAGCUCGUCACGGCGAAGAUGACGAAGUGAGGAAGCUGAUGGCGAGCGGCGCUCCCUUCACCACUGACUGGCUGGGGACUUCACCUCUUCACCUCGCUGCCCAGUAUGGCCACUACUCCACGGCAGAGGUGCUGCUUCGGGCCGGGGUCAGCAGAGACGCCCGGACAAAGGUGGAUCGGACGCCGCUGCACAUGGCUGCGGCCGAUGGACACGCUCACGUCGUGGACCUGCUCAUUAGGAACGGGGCCGAUGUCAAUGCCAAGGACAUGCUGAAGAUGACGGCUCUGCACUGGGCGGCGGAGCACAACCACCCCGACGUCGUGGAGCUGCUCAUCAGAUCCGGGGCUGACGUCCACGCCUUCAGCAAGUUUGACAAGUCAGCUUUUGAUAUUGCUUUGGACAAGAACAACCCAGAGACUCUGGUAAUGCUACAGGAAGCAAUGCAGAGCCAGGUGAACAGUCACUCAGAGAGGACAAGUCCCAUCCCCAGCAGCCUGACUCUCUCCUCACCCCUCAUCCUUUCACCGGGGGAUGUUCUCGAUCUCGCUGGGCUCAUCUCUUCAGUGAACACCAAAUCAGCCUCAAGUAGGACGGAGGAAGCAGCGGGAACAACCGCCAUGGACUCUGCCAUCCAGCACGUGGUUGGCAGCGGAGGGCAGCGCGUCAUCGCCAUCGUGUCAGACGGGGUUCCCCUGGGCAGCCUCAGCCAGCCCUUCAUCCUCAGCCUGAGGGAUGGGCAGCAAGAGUUAACUGCACCUGCUGGUCAGGCUGCACAAGAGUCUGGUGCUGAGGACAGAGACGAUGCAGAAGACAGGGAGAAGCCACUGGCCAAGAAGCAGAAAGUGGAAGAGCAUGUAGAUGGCUGGAAGGGAGAUGAGGACAGUGUGGAGAGGGAAGUGCUGCAGCAGCAGCUGCAGGAGGCGAAGCUGCAGGCGCAGGAGUGUCGCAGCCAGCUGCUGCAGAAGGAGCACGAGGCGCAGCGCUGCCGCCUGAGGCUGGAGGCCAUGGCCAGGCCCAGCACAGCCGGGGCCCAGCCCUUGCUGGUGGCCUCAGCAGACACCCAGGGACCUGUGCUGGCCCUGCUGGAAACGGAGCAGCCGACUGACACCGCCGUGGAGACCGUCAGCUCCAGAGGAAGAUGCUCAAUAGACUUUGAGAAAAACCCCAUGAACAAGUGAGGUUUAAACAACCACCAUCCCACACAGCCAGCUGUGGGCCAUGGGAAGGCUCCUGGGGCAGCUGGGCUGCCCUCAGAGGGGGUCUUCUCACAAGGUAAAACCUCACAGCUCAGCCAACAAUGUGCUGCUUUGGGGAUGUUUUUUGUCCUGGUUUUGUCCCCGUUGCCAGGAUUCAGGGUAGUGAUUCCCCCCCAGUCCCCAGCCUCGCUGCCUUUUGAGGACCCAAGUGCAUUUAUUUAUAACCUCUGUAGCUGUAUUUAUAAAUAAGACUUCUAAACUCUUCUUUUCUUUGCCCAAAAGCUGUUUUGGAGAGGCCUUUAACAAGGAUUCUGUACCCCUUGCCUCA